AUGAUACAUCCAUGCAGCGCUCAAAAUCUGACCUGUGAAUUCCAUUUUGAGAAUCAAGAACUCGAAUGGCUAGAGUCGGAAUUGAAGAGCGAGGCUUCGAAUCGUUCGACAACAGACGAUGUACACUUGUCAACGGAACUUCCGCCGACCUCGACUGUGGUAUCGGACUCACCCGUCGUCAUCGACUCAUCGAACGCCUCUCAGGACCCCAUCGAUCUAACGCGUACGCGAACCGAAUCGCCUUUUACCGAAUACGACUUUGGUGACAUGGAUGCACCAACCUCUCCGUCACAACCCUCCGCUACAGAUCUUGAAGACCCGGAACGCAUGGCGGAAAUAGUCGCACUAGCGUCUAAGCUCUCAGGCGAGACCCCUACCAAGAACAAGGCCAAGCUUCCCACUACCGGAAAAGGGAAGAACAAGAGAGCGAGAGCGGAUGAAGAUGAGGAUGAGUAUGAGGACGAGAACGAUGACGAUGACGAUGACGAACCCCCACCUGCAUACGAGUCGCCGCCAAAGUCCAAGAAGGUCAAAACCACCGUUACGCCCCGGACUGGGAACCCCAAGAACUCCAGGGUCAAGAAGACGCUCUAUUACAAGAUGAUUCGUUUAUUGAGGGCCAUCGCCUGUCAGGCGAACUCCGUCUCGGUCACGAACCUCAGGACCAACAUUGAGAAGCUCAUCAAAAGCUGCAAGGGCUCAAUCACCCCAAUAGCGUCCGCCAAUCUCCAACGGAUUGUGAAGGACCAGGAGGGAAGAGUCGCCCUAUUGAAGACCAACUACGACGCGGAAGUGCAGUUGCUCCAGGCGAAGCUGCGUACGGCCGAGUGUGAUAUAGAGGGGUUGAGAGCAUUCUCGAAGCUCUUCAUCCCCUGA